AUGCAAAAGACCAAAGUUUGCUAUGCCAGAGUCAGCUCAGAACAUCAGCGAGGAAUAACAGAUUACAGACCUCUGACAACAUUAUCCGGACAUAAGAUUAUCAGCGAUAUUGGCUCUGAGCUCAAUUGGAAGCGUAAAGGAACUGAACUUGUGGAGUGGAUCUUUAAAAAAAGCCAAACACAACUCGUGGUUCUCAGUUCAGACAUUUGUAUCAAUGAUGGUGAAACUGAAGAACUUGCAGAAGAUUUACUUGUAAUCGUACAGU